AUGGGAAGUGGCAUGGCGGCGGCCAGAAAACAGAAGAUAUGGCUGGAGGAGAUUCCCUUCUGGGCCGAUAUCUACAGGAAGCUACAGCGUGGCGACAAGGCCUAUGCAGCGGAACUAAUGGCGUUCCUCAAACCCAUGUCAAAGUGCCCUGCCAGUGUACUCGAGGAGCUCAAUGAGCUUGUGAAUGAAGACGAAACGAGCUGGCUCACGCUCGAACAGUUCCUCCUCAUCACAACCUCUGGUCGCCCCGCCACCGUCCGACAGAGGCGAUUCCACAGGGUCGUCACGGCGGCCGCCAACGUCUACGCCGGAAAGCUGCAGCGGGCGAGGGUGGUACGGUUGGCCAUGGUCGACUACCCCCUCUUUUUGCUUCAGGUCCUGUUCUUCGUCCUCAUCUCGGUGGCGCAGGUCGUCACGUACUUCCAGUACUUGCACUGGUGCUGUCCGAGCAGCGCCAAGGAAGUCGAGGACUACCUUCGCUUCGUCGACAAGCUCGUCCUUGCGGUGGAACGCAAGCGCGAGUUCUGGCGCAACGUAUCGUUUGUGCUCGUCAGUUACAACGGACUGUCGCUUGUAGCGAGCGUAGUGAUCCAGAUGCUGUUCUGCCUCCCCGUCAGCUUUUUGCACAGUCCCUGGAAGAUACCGUUCAUCUACGUGGCCGGAGCGUUCGCCGCCGCUCAACUGAACGUCAUCUGCGGCUAUUGCUUCACCCUCGGGGCCUCAGCGGCUCUCUACUCAGUAGUUUGGGCGCACGUGGUCGACGUCCUAGUCAACCGUUCCCAGUUCGGCAGAGUCGUUGGGCGCGUCGCCAUGGUCCUCCUCUUCACCGCUGCCGACGCGGUUCAGGUGUACUACCUGAAUCGCCUGCAGAGCAUAGGCACUCUGCCUCACCUUAUCGGUGUCGUAGUUGGCUGCACAAUGGGCAUCGUGAUCCUGCGCAAGAACCGGGGCCAGAAAUGGGAGAAGUGGGUUUAUGGCAUAAUCAAAUACCUUCACUGGGCAGUGAUCGUUCUUUCGCUUUGGCAGGCCACAAGGGGAUCGACGUAUUAG